AUUCCUCAAAUUUUUCCAAUAAAUUGAUUUAUUCUUUCUUUAAUUAUUAUAUUAAUAAUUUUUUUAAUAACAAUUCAUUUUUAUUUCUUAAAUCUCAAAAAUAAAAAUAAAAUAAAAUACAUUCAAAAAAUAUUUUACAAAUUUAAUUAUAAAUUUUAA